GUCGUGUCCAGAGACGUGGCCCUGUUAGAAGAGAGGCUGGGGAGGGGAAUGUGCGCUCCCGAGGACAGAACUCUAAAAUCGAUGGCACCUACUGGGCUGUUUAAAGGGGAUUAGCCCUGACGUCAUCAAUCCGCGCCCAGGCGGGAGCAACAGCAGCCGAUACGGAAGCUGAAUAAGUGCGAGUAAUGAGUACUGUACCUAUAUGAUGAAUGACUACACUCCCUCAGGCCUAGAUGGCAAGGUCCAGAAAACGCUGAAAAAGAUCUUUGGGUUUGACUCCUUUAAAACCUCUCUGCAAGAGAGUGCAACCAUGACAGUGGUGAAAGGCAAGAACGAUGUCUUUGUAUGCAUGCCCACAGGGGCAGGGAAAUCCCUGUGCUACCAGCUUCCUGCAGUUCUGGCAGUGGGCAUCACCAUUGUCAUUUCACCUCUGAUUGCACUGAUUCAGGACCAAGUGGAUCAUUUGUUGGCACUGAAGGUCAAAGUCUACUCUUUAAACUCCAAACUUUCUGCUCAGGAAAGGAAGACCAUCCUGGCUGACUUGGCAAGCGAGAAGCCCCAGGUGAAACUCCUGUAUAUCACUCCAGAGAUGGCAGCCGCCGCCUCCUUCCAGCCCACCCUGAACUCCCUUGUGUCUCGAAACCUCUUGUCCUACCUAAUAAUAGAUGAGGCUCACUGCGUCUCCCAGUGGGGACAUGACUUCCGACCCGACUACUUGCGACUGGCCUCCUUACGCUCUCGCAUACCCAACACACCAUGUGUCGCCCUGACUGCCACAGCCACCAAACAGGUCCAGGAUGACAUAGUGGUGUCACUGAAGCUAAAGCAACCUGUUGCCACCUUUAAGACACCUUGCUUCAGAUCUAACCUGUUCUAUGAUGUGCAGUUUAAGGAGCUCUUGACCGAUCCCUAUGCAAAUCUGAAGGAUUUCUGUCUGAAGGCCCUUGAAGAGAAGAAUGCCAAAGGGGUAUACUCCGGCUGUGGCAUUGUGUACUGCAGGAUGAGAGAGGUCUGUGACCAAUUGGCUAUUGAGCUGAGCUACAGAGGAGUGAAAGCCAAGGCCUAUCAUGCAGGGCUGAAGGCAGCAGACAGAACUUCGAUUCAGAAUGAGUGGAUGGAGGACAAGGUCCCUGUUAUUGUUGCUACUAUCAGUUUUGGAAUGGGAGUUGACAAAGCCAAUGUCAGAUUUGUUGCCCAUUGGAAUAUUGCGAAGUCUAUGGCUGGAUAUUACCAGGAGUCCGGAAGGGCUGGGAGAGAUGGGAAGCCAUCCUGUUGCCGUCUCUAUUACUCUAGGAAUGACCGGGAUCAAGUCUCCUUCCUGAUCAAGAAGGAGCUUUCUAAACUCCAGGAGAAAAGAGGCACCUUGAAAGAGUCCGAUAAAGCUGUGCUGACGGCGUUUGAUGCUAUAGUGAAUUUCUGUGAAGAGCUGGGAUGUCGCCAUGCUGCCAUAGCAAAGUACUUUGGAGAUGUCACCCCCCCUUGUAACAAGUGCUGUGAUUACUGCAAAAACCCAGGAGCAGUGAAAAAGCAGCUGGAUUCCCUGGAGCUGAGCAGCAACAGCUGGAGCAGAACCUGCAUUGGACCCACAGGUUCCUCUCGGGAUGCCUAUGACCCAGAGCUAUAUGAAGGAGGGAGGAGAGGCUCUGGAGGCUUUAGCAGGUAUGACGAAGGAAACCAUGGGAGCGGGGACGAAGCCAGUGAGGAAAAUCGAAAACGGGAGUGGUGCAACUUCUACAAAAAGCAGAUGAAUCUGCGUAAAGGCAAAGAACCAGAAAAAGAUGACUUUGUCCCUCCAGAUGCAGGCUGCCCCCUGAAAGACGCUGCCAGCCGGAAAAUCUCCAAACUCACAGUCAAGGCCCGAGAACACUGCUUGAAGAUGUUGGUAGAAGCUCUGAGCAGCAACCAGAAGGCAGCCCCGACAGGACAUGGGCCAGACCCUCACGCCUGCGCCGUGGAGAUGGAAUCUGAGGCUUUCAGAACCAGUAAAACGUCCAACUUGUACAAGGCAACUGUGCUGAAGAAGGUAGCGGAGAUCAACAAAGCCUCGAAAGAAGGGGAGCUGUAUCCAGCAUUCAGGUCAGGAGCUGGUAGCGGCAGCAGCCCCAGGACAAAGUCUGAACCCUCAGCUGAAGACAACUUUCUCCCUGCAUCCCAAGUCUAUUCGUUUAAACCCAAGCGGAUAGGAGCUGGGUUUCGAAAGAGUUCCAGCCCAUUCCAGACUGCUGCUGAACUGCUGAAGACAAAAGAGGAGAGUGAUGCGAAGCCUGUGGAGAGGGAAGCGGAUAGUCCAAACUGGCAAGGUGACAGCGAAUGUGAUUCAGAAAUGGCCGGAGUCUCUGUCGUCAAGAGCAAAGAAAGGGUGGCCAAAGUAGUACACAAAAGUGCUGUGGAAGCAAAACAGGCCCAUGACAAGAAGGGACAGCAACUCAGUCCAGAUGCAGAUGCCUCCCUGUCAGAUAGCCCUACCAAGAAGACAAAGCUCACCAAGAAGCAACAGCUGCUAGCAGAAGCAGCCAGAAAAGAAUCCCAGAACAUUUCUAAAUUCUUCUCUCUCACCAAAGCUGGGCUUAAAACCUCAGGAUGUGCCUCAGCAGAGGAAAACGAUUGUUCUGUGAGUGAGCUAUCUCAGUCUCUUUCUCAAAGAGUAUGUCAGGAGAAAGAGGAACCUCAGGAAAAUGGUGUCUCAGGAGGAGCUUCAUCCGGGCAACCACAGAUGGAGAACCAUGAGUCAAGGAAGAUGGAAGAAGCGCUGACUGAGAGAAGUCAGGACUUGGAGUCGAAACACAACCCUGGAUCUGAAGCCACACAAGCAGGAUUAGAUGGUCAGACAAAACCAAGCAGUGACAAAGCUGGUAUAGAAAUCGAAACAACCUGCGCUGGGGAAUAUCAAGGCAGGAAGAGGCCAGGAUCAGAUGAGGAUUUGGAGAGCCCUGCGACAAAGAGGUUGCAGGCAGCAGCAUCUUCCAUCCUGUCGCAACCAGAGGGCAAAGGCAUGGGCCCAGUGAAGAAGAAGGUGACUUUUGAUCCAAGUUUGUCACAUGUUGAUAAAGAAGGAACUACCAAGACCAUCCAGCCAGCGACCAAAGGCGUGUCCCUUAAAGAGACAGCAGAUAUUGUCGUCAAAUACUUGACCCCUUUCUACAAGGGUGGUAAAUUUGCUUCCAAGGAACUGUUCAAGGGAUUUGCCCGACACCUUUCCCACUUACUGACUGAGGAGAAGAAUCCUGUCCGCAAGGCUGUGAAAGAAGAAGCACAGAGACUCAUCAAGGAGUUUUUCAAAACCCGAGUCAGGUGUGAAAAUGAGACAGACUGGCAAGCGCUGCCCAGCUCGGAAAGAUGAUACUGGUUCUUCAGCUGUGUCCGUUCCCUGCUGCAGUCGUUGGAACCGAAGGCUCACGGAGACACAGGGGAGUUUUCCAUUCAUGUUGCUGCUUGUUCUCCAUGGCAUCUGUGCCAAGGGUGUGGCCGUGAGAAUGUCUCUAGGGAGGUGAUCCCUGGGAAUUUGUCUGCGGAGCUCCUCCAGUGCCUAAGGGACGACGAAGUCCUUCAGCAGCCCUUGCUAAGAGGUCUGGUAUCUGCCAAUGCUGCGUAGCUCUGAGGCCUCUCUCAGCCGUGCUGUGAUGCAGCCCGCUGCUGCUGCCGGCUGAGAAGGGCUUAGAAUUGCAGACUCUGAUUCCAAGUUGGGUGUGAAUCCCGCUGCUCCCCACAAGUGUCUCUGAUCCUCCCCACCCACCCCUUCUUGCCCCCUCCCUUGCCUUUUUAUUUAAAUGUUACCAAUAGAAGCCUUACGCUGAAAACACAUUCAAAGGCCCACGCUUUGCUCAGGGUUUGUUGAUGCGAGCUGAUGGUUAAGUUCCUAGAGGGGACAUUUAUUUUGAAAAAAUGUUUUGGUUUAGACGAUGGGACGUGCAGCGUCUCCUUUCCCAAAGCUGGGGAUCCCCUGCAGGCUUUUUUUUUUUUUCCUUUUUAAAAACCACCUUGAAGUUUGGCUUUUCUCUGGCCAGCUGUGUGUGCUCGUUAACUGGCGUGGGCAUUAGUGCCUUAGCCUGGACAGACUGGCAGCUCUCUCCCCCCCCACACUCCUCCUUGGUUGUCAUUAUAAGGGGCAGCAUCAAAGUCGAUGCACUUCCCUAGUAUUUGCUCAUAGCCCCUGGAAGCCAUAUCCUCUCACUGUGCCUAAACCAGGGACUUAGGACCGAGGAUGCUGCUGCUGGUAUGGCCAAUUACCCACCCGCUGCUGUGGCACUCGUAGAUCCAGUAGCUGUGGUGCAUCUGCUGCUAUAUUUAUGCGAGGGCCUGAACUGGACAGUCGGUGAGUUGUAACAUGACCCUAGUGUGCCCAGGAUUGUCUUUCACAUUUAGUUUUUAUGGGGCUCUGCCUUUGCUCUAUGCCUAGAGAAGAUAUUGGCCUUGCUGGCAUUAAUGCUGCUGGAUCAACCUGCAAUCUUAGAAGCCAGGAAUGGAACAGGCUUCUGAAUAGUUUGUACUCGGGGAAACUGGGCUUUUCUAUGUUACCGAAGGGUGCAUGGUAAACUGACAAUAAACUGAACGUCACAGUU